AUUUUUUCUCCAUUUCAUAAAUCUCUGCCCAUUUUUCGAAUCUUAACCACACCCACACUGAAACUUGUACCUCAUGCAAACCCUCUUACUCAUCAUCUCUCGCAUACGUGUCACCCUUCUGCUUCCCCACCUUCCAUUAUAAGAAAUCUCACCUUCCUCCUCGUUCACCUCACACUUCACCUUUCUCUUCACUUCUCAACUAUAUCGACGACCAUGUCGGAUCGUUCACAGACUCACCAAAUCCAUGUUCAUCCAACAACCCGUUAUGAAGGCAGCGUCACCACUCGUUACGAAGGCGGGCUUAACCCUCAAUACCGUUAUGAGGGCGGUGUCAAGAGCAGCCUCUUCCCGGCGCAAGGUCCGUCCACCUCUCAGAUGAUUGCCAUCCUCGCCGGCGUUCCCAUAGGCGGCACGCUGCUCACUGCCGGCAUAUCGCUGAUGGGUACACUCCUGGGACUGGCGGCGAUCGUCCCGCUCUUCAUCCUCUUUAGUCCGGUUCUGGUGCCGGCCACCAUGGUCAUUGGGCUUGCGGUGGCGGGUUUCUUGACGUCGGGGGCUUGUGCUUUGACUGCGCUGUCAUCGUUCUCGUGGGUCAUGAAUUACAUUAGGCAGACGCAGGGGACGAUACCGGAGCAGCUGGACUCGGCGAAGCGGCGCAUGGCGGACAUGGCGGGUCAGGUGGGGCAGAAGACGAAGGAAGUCGGGCAAGAGAUACAGUCCAAGGCCCAGGAGGUGAAGAGGUCGUGAAUACAAUGUGGUGUGCGUUCCGGUUGAAGGGAUUACACGGGAAAUAAUUACAGUAAUAAUAAUAAUGCGUACGUCUUUGCGCGCUUCAGUCCUUUGUGCUCUUUUACGUCUCUUGUAAUCGCGAUGCGCUUGUGUGUUUUUCUUCUGUCUCCAGGUUAAAGUGCAAGGCAGAGAAAGGUUCAUAUCAUGAGAGGGGGUGCUACUCUGUAGAUGCAUGUGUCCUGUAUUUGUAUUUACUCUAGUACAUUAAUGUUACAUUAUUCAACAUAAACCGGUCU